AUGAGCCCCAGGAAAGUGGUCAUGCCCCCUCCUGUGUGGGGGCUGCUGGGCUGCUGUUUCCUCUGUGGCUGGGCUCUGGGGAGUCUCCAGCCCCUCCGCUCUCUGCCCCCACUGUCCUCCCAAGUCAAGCCAGGAUAUGCACCCAUGUGGGUGCCCCCAGAAGGUGCUGAAGCAGCCCUGGCUUUUCUCUACUCUGGAGAUGCCCAACAGCUCUUGGGGACUAAUUGCAGCGAGCGCUAUGAAGCCCGGGGGGCAGGAGCCAGUCCUGAGCUCCCCCCGGUCCUAGAGAGGGCAGCGGGCACCCUUGCCCAGGCUGCCAAUCUCCUCAACAUGCUGCUGCAAGCCAACGACAUCCGCGAGUCCAGUGUGGGAGAGGAUGUGGAGUGGUACCAGGCGCUGGUCCGCAGCGUGGCCGAGGGGGACCCACAGGCCUACCGGGCUUUGCUGACCUUUAACCCUCCACCAGGGGCCAGCCACCCGCAGCUGGCCCUACAGGCCACCCGAAGGGGGGAGGAGACCAUCCUUCAGGACUUGUCUGGGCACAGGGUGCUGGAAAAGAGCCUAACCAGGGCCCCGGACACUCCUGCCCUGCAGAAGCGGGUGCUCACCAAUGACCUAGGGAGCCUCGGAAGCCCCAGGUGGCCUCGGGGAGAUGGGUAUCUGGGGGACAUGAAGCAUGUGAGGCUGUCUCCUCCCUUCCUGGAAUGUCAGGGGGGCCAGUUUCGUCCAGGCUGGCUUAUCACACUGUCAGCCACCUUCUAUGGGCUCAAGCCAGACCUCAGCCCGGAGAUCAGGGGGCAGGUGCAGAUGGACAUAGAUCUUCAGAUGGUGGACAUCAAUCAGUGCGCCAGCGGCCCGGGAUGGUACUCUAACACGCACCUGUGUAACCUCAACAGCACCCAGUGCAUCCCUCUGGGGAGUCAGGGCUUUGUCCUUGGCCGCUACCUCUGCCGCUGCCAACCUGGCUUUUACGGCGCAAGCCUCUCUGCGGGGUUAGAGGAGAGUGCGACCCAGCCUACCGGGCAAUUUGGAUCCCCGCAAGGCAGCUCUGGGAGGCUGUUUCAUUGCCAGCCAUGUGCCGAGGGCUGCACCAGCUGCAUGGAUGCCACACCGUGCCUGGUGGAGGAGGCCCCGGCGCUGCGGGGAGCAGUGUUGGCCUGCCAGGCCUGCUGCAUGUUGGCUGUCUUCCUGAGCAUGCUGGUCUCCUACCGCUGCCGCCAGAGCAAGAGAAUCCGGGCAUCUGGAGUUGUCCUGCUGGAAACCAUCCUUUUUGGAUCUCUGCUGCUUUACUUCCCUGUCUUCAUCCUGUACUUCAAGCCCAGUGUAUUCCGCUGCAUCGCUCUCCGCUGGGUCCGGCUGCUAGGUUUUGCCGUUGUCUACGGCACCAUUAUACUCAAGCUUUACAGAGUGCUCCAGCUGUUUCUGUCUCGAAUGGCCCAGCGGGGCCCCUAUCUAAGCAGUGGGCAGCAGCUGCGGUGGCUGGCGCUGCUCCUGCUACUAGUACUGGGCUUCCUGGCUGUGUGGACAGUGAGGGUCCUGGAGCGAGGCAUCCUGUACACGCCCCUGGUGACCCGAGGCCACACGCCCAUGGGCCGCCACUUCUACCUCUGCCACCACGACCGCUGGGACUACAUAAUGGUUGUGGCCGAGAUGCUGCUCCUAUGCUGGGGCAGCUUCCUCUGCUACGCCACCCGAGCUGUGCCCUCAGCCUUCCAUGAGCCGCGCUACAUGGGCAUCGCCCUGCACAACGAGCUGCUGCUCUCUGCUGCCUUCCAUGCAGCCAGGUUUGUGCUGGUUCCCUCCCUGCACCCGGACUGGACCCUCCUCCUCUGCUUCUUCCACACUCACUGCACAGUCACCGCCACCCUGGCUCUGCUCUUCAUACCUAAGUUCCGGAAGCCAGGGGCUCCUUCUCGAGAGGAGAUGGUGGAAGAGGUGUAUGAAGACGAGCUGGGCCUGCAGCGCUCAGGCUCCUACUUCAACAGCAGCACUGCCUCAGCUUGGAGCGAGCGCAGCCUGGACCCUGGAGACAUUCGGGAUGAGUUGAAGAAGCUCUAUGCCCAGCUAGAGGUCCACAAGACCAAGGAAAUGGCUGCUAACAACCCCCACCUGCCCAAGAAGCGGGGCAACUUGCACCAGGGCCUGGGCCGCUCCUUCAUGAGGUAUCUGGCUGAGUUCCCCGAGGCCCUGGCCGGACAGCACUCCCGGGACUUGGGCUCCCCAGGCCGCAGCAGCCUGCCCGGCUCCUCCCGCCACAGGCUCCUCAGCUCCAGCCUCCAAAAACCGGAGAGGCCACAAGCCCUGCAUAAGUCCCGCAGCACCUACGACCACAACUACCACAGGGAGCAGGACUCACCUCUCCUUGACUCACUGCUGAGGAGGAAGCUGGCCAAAAGGGUCUCACGGGCAGAGAGCCAGGAGUUGGUGGAGGGGCCCCCUGCCCUGGGCUUUAGGUCAGCCAGCGCCCACAACCUAACAGUGGGAGAGAGGCUCCCCAGAGCCCGGCCAGCCUCCUUGCAGAAGUCGCUUAGUGUCAUGGCUGGCUCCAGGGAAAAGGCCCUGCUUGUGGCCAGCCAGGCCUAUCUGGAGGAGACCUAUCAGCAGGCAAAGGAGCGAGAGGAGAGAAAGAAGGCCGAGGCAGCCUUGGCGAGCCCAGCUCGGAGGCCAUCAGCUAGGAGGCUGGAGGGAGCUCGAGGAGCCCCUCUGUCAGCCCCACCUUCCCCUGCCAAGAGCAGGAGCAGCAUGGACAGCUCCUACACCUCUGGGAAGCUUCAGGAGGCUGCAAGAAGGCUGCCUCACCCACCCAUCCAGCACCAGAUCUCCACACCCAUCAUGGCCCUGUCUGGGGCCUGCCUGGGAGAGCCAAGGAUGCUGUCUCCCACUUCCACCUUGGCUCCAGCUCUGAUACCAGGUCCUGUCCCGGUUCUGGCCCCAGUCCCUGCCCUAGCACCAGUCCCAAUACUCCCCCAAAGCCCCAGCUUACUCACCUUCAUCUGUCCCUGGGAGAAUGCAGAACUGCCAGUCAGGAAAGAAAACGUGGCUCAAGGCCCCGCAGGGCCAGAUCGAGGCAACCACUCCCCUGCCCCAGCUAGGGCCAGGCUCUGGAGGGCCCUCUCUGUUGCUGUAGAGAAAAGGGGUGCUGGGGAGAAUGGGAUGGACAUGGAGGACAGGCGUCUCCAGCGGGAAGCUGAUGAUGUGGAUGAGGACAGGUCCAAGAUCUUCUCUAAAUCCCAAAGCCUCAAGACCCCUGUUCAGCAGGGUUCUGUGCGCAGCCUGGGACUGGCUAUCAAAGCUUUGACCCGUUCUCGGAGCACACACAGAGAAAAGGAGAGUGGGGAAGGGAGUUCUGAGAUGGAGAAGGGUGGGGCUUCAGGAGAGGGUGUGGGGGCAUGCCCCAGAUCCCCCAGGCUAGGCGGGCGCAAGGCGGUGAGUAAGCAGGCUGCCCUAGCCCCCUGUGAAGAUGAGGAGUCCCUCCAGAACCAACAGAACGCACACACCAGCAGAAUGCUCCAUGUCUGUUACCAAGAGGGCAGCAGGGAACAAGACAGAGCCAAGAGGACAUUCCAGGGUCAAGGGGAGGGGGAGGUCGAGAGAGCAGGUAAAACAGGGCCUGCCCCACUGAGGCAAGUCAGGCAGGGCACAGUUGGGGAUAAAAAUACUGAGCAAGCAAAAGAAGCCCUUGCAGGGAGGCAGGAACUGCUCAAAGCUGGCCUCCAGCACCUGGUCAGUGCUGACUGCAGGGUGGCAGAGGUAUGCCCCUGGGAAGUCCCUAAGUCAGAAACAAGUCUGCCUGACAGCAACAAGGCUGAAAUCUGCCCCUGGGAGGUAAGUGAAGGAGGUCCCGAGAGGGGAGCAUUAAGGCAAGAUCUAGAUGACUCCCAGGAAGAGAGGGGGGAAGCUCCAGAAGAAUCAGAGCCCAAAGAUGUGGCUGCCCUUGCUUGGAAAAAGCCAGAGAAACUGGUCAGGGGGCAGGAGGCAGUGUGUCUCUGGGAGAAUGCCAAUCCCAGGGAUCUGUCCCCUCAGGACUCUGAGAGAAUCAAGGGCAGAUCUGAGGCAGGGGGAAGUAUGGAGGCUAGAGAGGUGGAGAAGUGUCCGCAGAAAGUCACAGGCCCAGAAGCAUGUACACCUGACAUUGCCAAGGCAGAGCUCUGUCCCUGGGAGGCAACUGAAGGAGGAGAGAAUGAGAAACUGUUCCAGGAGGGAGUCAAGAAGCUCCCCCAGGAAAAGCAGAAAAACCACAAGAAAGCAACUUCCUGGAAAGAACAGAAAUUGGGCAGAGACUUGGAGUCUCUUUGUUCAUGGGAGAGGACUGAUUUCCGCGGCCCCUUAGCAAUCUCUACCGAGGCCCCAGGAACCCCGGAGUGCUUGGGGAGCCUUGCGGAGGUGUGUCCACGGGAGGCAGGAGAGGCUUCUGCUAUCAGGAAAACAGAGAUCUGUCCCUGGGAGCUGGGUAAUGAGGUGGUGGGGAAGGAAAUGCUGAGUCAGGGGGCCAGUGGAGAAUCUGUCCAAGAGGGUCAAACCUUCAGGAAAGGGCUCUUUGGAGAGAUGGGCGAACAAACUGGGAAAGCAGUGCAGGCAUCUAGUCCACAGCAGGAGUCAGUGUGUCCCUGGGAGAGCACAGCCCCUGGGCACUCCAGCCCGUAUCUGGACAAUUCCUCAUCCAGAGCUGGUGGCCAACUCCUCAGCAACGGAGGAAGCAGAGCUAUGCAGGUGUAUCCACGGGAAAACCUCAGGCCAGAGGUAAAGGCAGUAACACCUGCUAAGGCAGAAAUUUGUCCCUGGGAAGUAAAUGAAACAGAGGACUGGACAUCAGGACAGGCACCCAAAGGAAGAGGCUCUCAAAAAGACAUGGAGAGAAUGCCUGAAACAUCAGGGAUCAAAGAUGUCACAGCUUGGGAGAAACCUGAGGGACAGCUCCAAAAGCUGGCAGCAGUCUGUCCUUGGGAGAGUGUGGAACCUGGGAGCUUCCCCCAACAACCAGGUCCUCAAGACACAGACAGAUCCAAAGCCAGUUUCCAGGUGUCAGGCAGUAUGCGAAGCCAAACUGCCACAAUCUGUCCAUGGGACGUGGAGGAUACCAUAUCUGCUAAGAAGGAAGAGAUUUGUCCCUGGGAGGUGAGUGCUGGAGCAGGGGAGGAACAAACUUUGGGAACUGAGGCCAUUAGGAAAUUGCCAAACAUUACAGGAAAGGAUUCUGUAGAUCCUAGACCCAGCAAGAUAGCUGUUACUGCUCCAAAGAAGCCAGAGAGGCCAGGCCAGGAGAGGGAGGUGGCCUGUCCCUGGGAGAGCACAGAUCCAGGGGGCUCCUCUCAGCAUUCAGACACUGUAGAUACUGACAGACCGAAAACUGGAUUCAAGGAACUGGACCAUGUAGGCUGCAGGCCAGCUGAGGUGUGUCCCUGGGAAGUGGAGGAAGCGUGUAUCAGUGAAAAAGCCAAGAUCUGCCCCUGGGAGGUGAAUGAAGGAGCUACAGGGAAGGGACAGGAACAAGAGAUGGGGAGUGAUUCAGCAGGGCAGAGGGACAAAACCCCAGAAAGAGGGAGAUUUACCCCCCUGGAAGACAUAUCAAAAGGGAAGACAAAACUGAGUCAAGAGCAGGAAACUACUUGUCCUUGGGAGAAGGACUUGAGGGAACCCUCUGCUCAGGUCCCUAGGAUCUCAGGCUCAUCCAGCAGCAUGAAUAACAAAGUGGCAGAAGUCACCUUGGAAGUCAAUGAUGAGGUGCCAGAGAAAGGGGACCUGAUACAAGACCCAAAAGUGGGUUCCCUCCAAGAACACAUAACCCAAGAAAAAGCUCCAUCUUCAAAGGCAGAAAUCACUACUGAAGAAGGGGGGAAAGCAAACGAGCUACAGUCUAUCUGUCCAUGGGAGAGCAUGGCCCUGGCAGUCUCUUCCUCUCAUCCUAAAAGUCAGUGCCCCGACCAACUCAAAGCUGGCUCUCAGAGACUGGUCAGCAAUGGAAGCAGGCAUGCUGAGGUGUGCCCAUGGGAUACUCCUGCCCCAGAUGCUCAUCAGCCUGACAGCAGCAUCAAAGCGGAAGUCUGUCCCUGGGAGGUGACUGAAAGAAUCCCUGAAGGAGUGUCAAUACAGAAUAGAAAAGGGGAACCUCAAGAGGAGGAGGGGAAAGCCCCAGAAAAACCAGAGUCCAAAACUGGGGCAGUUCAGGGAAAGCCAGAGAAGGCAGAUGGUAAGCAAGAGGCCGUGUGUCCCCAGGAGGGUCAAGAUAGUGGAGGUCUGUCUCCACAACCAGCCCCACAGGCUUCUGACAGAAGCAAAGGCACUUGUGAGGCAGCAGGCAAUGCGGAGGCCAGGGUAGUAGAAGUGUGUCCGUGGAAAGCGGCAGAGGUUUCCUCUGCCAAGAGAGCAGAAAUCUGCCCUUGGGAGAUGUGUAAAAGAGCAGCAGAGGAAGCGGGGCCAGAACAGGAGGUGGACAGAGACCUCCAAGGGCAAGGAGAGCUGUUCCUUCAAAAGGCAGGGUCUGGAGGGAAUGAAGAACACUUGUCAAAGGCAGCAGGAAAAGGCAGCAGAGAUCAGGAGACAGUCUGCCCCUGGGAAGGCACGGGUUCAGGGGGGCUCUUCCCCCAGCUUGAUGCUUUGGACACUGACCAAGCCAAAGUCAGUCCCCACGGACCAAGUAGUGUGGGGAGCAGGAUGGCAGAGCUGUGUCAAUGGGAAGUCACAGAUCCAGAAGGAAAUAAAAUUAAGGGCACCAUGGCAGACAUCUGUCCUUGGGAGGAAACUGGAGCCCUAUCUAAGGAAUCUGGCCUCCUGGCUUUAAGAGCAAGUGAGACAGAAAUAUUUUUUCCCAGAGUCCCUGAGAACCCACCAUGCCUUUUGGUCCAGAGACCUCUGGGUGGCUUCCUUCCAGAAAGCAAAUGCCCCCGCCCCAAGGUGAGCAAGCCAGGCAGUUCUUUUACUCUGGAAAGACCUUCAGGACUUGGGCCAAGUCUCCAAGAAGCUGAGGCUCAGAAUUCUUCCCUAACUGAAGACCAAGGAGAAGUGGCUUCCAAAGCUCCACAUGAAGAAUGUGCCCCUCCAACUGUUUAUCCUUGGGACUGGGAGUAACAAUUCCCAGUUUCAACUCAGGUGAGGUCAAACAUUGGGGGGCUGGCUUUCAGGAGCUAAGGUCCUUUCCAAGUCCUAGGUGCUCCCAAAGAACUGAAACAAAGACACUUGACCACUCCUCUCCAGGAAGGCCAGAAGUCAACUCACUCAAAGACAAACUGUACAUGAAGAGUGCAGCUCGAACCCCAACAGGAAGUAGUACCCUCUCUUUACUUCCAAUUCUUCCUGCUGUAGGGAACAAAGGCCAGACCCUCUGCUUCUAAUGAAUCCUCCUCUCCAGCUAGAGUACUCAACAUAAGCCGUCUCUGUCUACUCACUUGAAAAGCCAAUGUUAAGGAUGAAAGGAAGUCAGCAGUGCCCUGCCCACAUUUUCUCAUGGGGAGACCCUAUUCUUCUCUGAAGUCUACAAAGGACUUUUUUUUUUUUUUUUAGAAGAAACUAAACCACACAAGGCACUGGCUACAUAGGGACUGAGGGUCACAGAAGGCUGUACAGGUCACCAUAGGAAGCUUAAGAAGCCACUUAAUUCAAAUUAAAAGAGGAAAAACCUAAAUGGUUCAAAAGGGGUGCCUGAAAUACUUUAAGACCUUGUCAUUUUGACUUUGGAUCUCCAGUUUCUGAUUAAUUGAUCCUCAGACCUGCCUUGCUUGACUGCUGAAGCGGAGCCAACCAAGCAUCUUACAUCCGUAUCAUCUGGCACCCAAAGCAGUAUCAGAGACAGAGCAGAGGAGGAAAGGCAAUAACUCCGGGUCCUCCCCACGCUGGCCAAGGUCCAGUUCUCCUUUCCAGACACCCUGUCUCCCAGCUUAAGCAGUGUGCCUCUUGCUAG